AUGUCUAUUUCUGAAACAAAAGAUGAAAUAUCACUUCAAAAGAAGAGGAAAUUAUCAUCUAUAAAUAUGGAUGAUUCUUUAAAUUCUCAAGAUGUUGAUCAAAUAUUAGAGAAUUUAGAUGAAUUGAAUGAAAUCAAUGAUAUUGAAUCAAUACAAAAAAAAUUACAAGGUGAUUAUAAAAAUUUAGCAAAAGAAUUUGGAAAUUCAAGAUUAUCAAGAGUGGAAACUUUUUUGAAUAAUAUAGAAAAAUUACAACUUCAAUUGAAAAAACAAAAUGAUGAUUAUGAAGAAUUCGUCUUGAAUAAUUUACCUUUAUUAGAUCAAGAAACAAGCUCAGAAUCUAUAAGUACAGCUGAAUCAAAAUUAAAUAAACGCAGGAAAAAUGCUUCACAAUCUGAAUUAAUUAAAAGAGCUACAUCUCCACCACCUGGAACUCCAAUAUCACCUCCAUUAGAAAAUAUACCCAUAUUUACUGAAUCUUUUGAAAAAAUAUUGGAUCCUUAUAGAUCUAAAUUAAAAAUUUUAAAAUCAAAAUAUGAUUAUGAAUCUGAUUUAAUUGAAAAUUCAACAAGAUCAAACGUUGAAUUAGUUUGGAGACAAAGUAUAAAAGAUCGUAUGGAUUUGAAAAAAUCAAUAAGAUCAUCAACAGCUCAAGACCUGAUUCGCCUAGAAAAUGAUUAUUAUAAUGAUGAUAAAUUAUCUAAAUUAAGUCAUUUAGAUAAAAGAUUUAAAAUUUCAACUAAAAAAGUUGGUGAAAGGAAAAAUUCAAGAUAUGCAUCAAAUGAACAAAUUAAAAAAGUUGAUCAAAGAGUUAGAAAAUUUAAUACAUUUUUCAGUACUGAUAAAAAACCAAUUUUUGAAGCUUUUGAAAAUGAAAUUGAAUAUGAUUUAGAUUUAAUUAAAAAUAAAAUUCAAAUCCCAAUAAAGUUAGAAAAAAUUGAAGCUAAUUAUUUAUAUCAAGAACAACCUUUGAAGAAAGAAUCUAUUGGUCCAACUACAAUGACUGAUUUAGUUAAUAAUGAAAUUGAAGAAAGAGGUAUAUCUGGUAUAAAUUUCCAAUUUCCAAAUGGUCAACAACAACAUCAACAACAUCAAGUUCCACAAGAUUCUCGAUCUCAAAAUAAUACACCUAAUACUGGAUUCACUCAUAUCCAACCAAAAGGUGAAUUACCAAUGCGUCAUCAAGCUAAUCAAACCAUUUAUGUUGGUUAUCCAAAUUUACCCCCACAACAACAACAAUCAUCAUCAUCAUCACCAGGUCUUCAAUCUCAACAACAACCACAACAACAACAACAACAACAAUCUCAAUCCCAAAUACAAACACCUCAAUCACAACAACAAUAUAUUCCUCAACAACAACAGCAACAACCACAACAAGGAUUAUAUCAACAUCCAUCGCAUCAAGGCUAUAUACAACAACAAACACAGCAGCAGCAGCAGCAGCAAGCAGCUUAUGGUCAACCUCAACAACCUCAACAACCAUCACCUUAUUUGCAACAAACUCAAUAUCAAUAUCAACAAACUUUACCAUCAGGUUAUUAUAAUCCACAACAAGUACCACAGACUACUUAUUAUGCUAGUAAUGUACCACAAUAUGGUCAAUAUCCUGUUUAUACAACAACUGCAUCAUAUCCACAAGUUCAACAACAACCACAAUGA